UGUGGGUAUCAAUAGAUGCGAGACUCGAAAAGGUGUCAUCCGUAGCUCAUCCGCGGCCAGCCAGGGUGCGGCAGAGCUGCUCUGGAACUUAGCGCGCUUUCCGGACUCCAGGGUGUUGCAGCGUUGAAGCUAAGGCAGCGUGCCCUCUCCUGGUCCCCUCCGCCCCCGGGCUGAGCCUGCGGGAGCCGGCUGCGGCCCCCCCGCGCCCUCCCUCCUUCUCCUCCUCCUCCCCUGCGCUCCUGGUGCGCCGGCCCCCUGCCAGUCUGGGCUGGGUGGAGGAGCGCCCGUAGCGCCUCUGGUCCUUAUCAAUGGGCUGGGCGGCUUAGCGUGCGCAGCCACCUCUUCCGAGGAGGAGCAGUCCUGGGGCUCACCGCGGGUCGGGUGACCCACCCAUGGCUGCUCCGGACGCGGCGACCGGCCGGGGCGCGGGACCCCGCGGAGGGCGCUGAGCUCCAAGGCCGCGGGGUGCGCAGAGGUGGGCGGCCGUCGAGGCGCCCCUCGGGGAGCGCGCUGGGCACCAUGCGUCCCCGCUUGCUACUGUGGCCGCCGCCACUGCUCCUGCUACUGCUGGCCUGCACUGCACAUACGGUGGGUGCCCUCCCUGGAUUGUGUGAUGUGAUGCGGGUGCUGCAAGAGGAACAGGACCAGUGCCUACAGGAACUCUCUGAAGAGAAUCCAGGAGACUUGGGCACAGAGCAGCCAGCCCCAGCUCCCCCCCAUCUAAGGAUAAGGAGGCAUGUAACAGUAAGAAAAGAAUCCAUUACAGGUUGUAAGGGACUGUGGGACAACAUGAGCUGCUGGCCGUCCUCUGCACUGGGACAGAUCGUGGAAGUGGGAUGCCCCCAGUUCCUCCGGAUGUUCACCGGCAGAAAUGGUUCCAUGUUUCGAAACUGCACACAGGACGGCUGGUCGGAAAUCUUCCCCAGGCCUGACCUGGCCUGUGGGGUUAAUGUGAACGACUCAUCCAAUGAGAAGCGGCACCAGUAUCUAAUGAAGUUGAAGGUCAUGUACACCGUGGGCUACAGCUCCUCCCUGGUGAUGCUCCUGGUCGCCCUCAGCGUCCUCUGUGCUUUCCGGAGGCUCCACUGCACCCGCAACUACAUCCACAUGCACCUUUUUGUGUCCUUCAUCCUGCGUGCCCUGUCCAACUUCAUCAAGGAUGCGGUGCUCUUCUCUUCGGAAGAUGUCACUCAAUGUGAUGCCCACAGGGUGGGCUGUAAGCUGGUCAUGGCUUUCUUCCAGUACUGCAUCAUGGCCAACUACGCCUGGCUGCUGGUGGAAGGCCUUUACCUUCACACGCUCCUCGUCAUCUCCUUCUUCUCGGAAAGGAAGUGCCUCCAGGGAUUUGUUGCCCUCGGAUGGGGUUCCCCCGCCAUUUUUGUUGCUUCGUGGGCUAUCAGCAGGCACUUUCUGGAAGAUGUCGGGUGCUGGGACAUCAACGCCAAUGCAUCCAUCUGGUGGGUCAUUCGGGGGCCCGUGAUCCUCUCCAUCCUGAUUAACUUCAUCCUUUUUAUAAACAUUCUAAGAAUCCUGAUGAGAAAACUUAGAACCCAAGAAACCAGAGGGAAUGAAGUGAACCAUUAUAAGCGCCUGGCCAAGUCCACCCUCCUGCUGAUCCCCCUCUUUGGAGUCCACUACAUCAUCUUCGCCUUCUCCCCGGAGGAUGCCAUCGAGGUCCAGUGGUUCUUCGAAUUGGCCCUUGGCUCGUUCCAGGGCCUGGUGGUGGCGGUCCUCUACUGUUUCCUCAACGGGGAGGUGCAGCUGGAGGUUCAGAAAAAGUGGCGCCAGUGGCACCUUCGUGAGUCCCUACUGCGCCCCAUGGCUCUCAGCAAUUCCUUCAGCAACGGCUCCAGUGGCCUCGCCCACAGCACCAAGGCCAGCAUCCCAGAGCAGAGCCGGGCCACCUGCAGGAACAGUGUCAUCUGAGAGUCUGGAGCAGGGCCAUCCACGGGACAGACGCCAAGGCGGGUCAAGAGGAGGCCAGACACUGCUGCGGGACAGUCCCGGACCCGUCUUCUCAGCAGACAUCACCUGCUUUCUCCUGUGACCAACCAUCCACCUCCCCUGAGCCUUGGGAUGGGCAGGGGGCUCUGCUGAUAAGGUUCCUUAGAACUGAAAGGAAUAAGGACACAUGGGGCAGGAAGAGGGCCCAAGUCAGGGCUCCAGAAGAAGACAGGGAAAUAAAUGGUAGCUGGGACA